CCAGUAACCAAACCACCCAGCAGCGGCGGCCGCCGCCCGCCGCCCGCCGCCCGCCGCCCGCCAAAGCACUGCCUCCGACGAAUCCCCACCCCGCCGUCAUCCUGCUGCUAUACAAUCCCACCUCCACAUGCCCUUCAGCCACAGCUGUAUCAUGCCCUUCGGCCACCGCUGCAUCUGACGACGAAGGCGACGGAGGCCGAGCGAAUCCCCACCUCGCCGCCACCUCCUGUCUCCUCGUGGUUUGCCGAACAGGGCUGUUGGGCCUGCCACCCGCGGAAUCAGCUCGCAGCAGAGGAGGGGAGGCCACCAUAAGUACGACCGAGAGCCUGCCCUCCGUGUGCCCCAUCCAGGAUUGCAACAUUCCAACAAGCAAUUGUUGUUCUGAAAGUGCCGAUAUAUCUCCAAUGGGUGGUGCCUGUAGCGUAUCCAGGGUUUCGAGUCUAGCUAUCCACCGGAGGAAUCUGCGCUCUCUAGUCUUCAGAGUGCCUGUGCUGCUAGGUCUUCUUCCUCCCGGUUUGCCGAAGAAAGUGCUCAGGGAAGAACACAUCCAUGGACCUCUGACGGAGGUUGCAGUUGCUGGAUUGCCAGAGCUGCCACAGGAUGUCCUGGUGUCCAUAUUUGCACACCUGGAGAUCCCUGACCUGAUGCGUGCCUGCUCCGUCUGCUCAUCGUGGCGCUCCGCGUAUUCCAGCCUGCGCAAACUUGGGCAGUACCAGCGGCGCCAGACGCCGUGCCUCCUAUACACAUCUGAAUCUGCUGGUGAGAGCGUUGCGUGCCUCUACAGCCUCUUGGAGAAGAGGUCAUACAAGUUGACUCUCCCGGAGCCACCCAUUCGCAGCAGGUAUCUGAUUGGGUCCUCGAAUGGCUGGCUGAUUACUGCCGAUGAGAGGUCCGAGAUGCAUAUUCUCAAUCCCAUCACCUGUGAACAGAUUGCUCUCCCGCCGGUGAGCACCAUCGCACAUGUGACUCCCAUUUUCGACAAAACAGGUGCCAUAUGUAAGUACAUAUACUCUCGUGACACAGCGGAGCACCGUAGUACCACCGGCCCUCAACCCGUUGAUCUUGGCGAGCUGCGACAGUACCUCCAGAAAAAGGCAUUUGUAUUUUAUGAUGCAUCUGCUGGAAGCUAUAUUGUGGUGCUUAUUCAUGAUCCAGAUGGGCAGCUCUCAUUUGCUUGGUUAGGGGAUGACAAGUGGACCUGGCUGAAACCACGUUGCCUUUUUCAAGACUGCCUAUACAAAGAUGGCAUGUUAUAUGCAGUGGCAUCACGAGGAGAAAUUCACGCCUUCGAUCUCAGAGGCCCUGUGGUCACAACAAAGUUAAUUACAGGCUGGGCAGAUAUUUACAGUUGUCCAACAAUUUACAUUGUUCAGGCUCCAUGUGGGGAUCUGAUGCAAGUUUUUAGAUCCCAGGAUGUGGUUGACUGUGAUCCAUGUGCUGACACUGCAACGCAUGUGCACUAUACCGAUGAGAUCAAAAUAUUUGAAGUGGAGACUAUGGCUGAAAAGGUUGUGGAAAUAAAUAGCUUGAAGGAUCAUGUGUUGUUGGUUGGGCAGAACCAGUCACUUUGUCUCAGUGCUGAAGAAUAUCCGCAGUUGAAGGCAAACAACGUCUAUGUUACCGACGACUGCAAGUAUCUAACUUUUUACAAGAAUAACCGGCGUGACAUUGCAGUUUUUGACUUGGCAAAUAACAGUAACGAGGAACUUGUCUCCCCUCCGCUUUGGUCCAACUGGCCUACUCCCAUAUGGAUAACGCCUAGUCUUACAAAACUGUAUCCAACAUUGGACAAUAUAUGAGUUUUUCUUCGUGUCCAGAUAAUAUAAUUGUAUAGUAGAUGAUAUAAUUUGAAUGUUUUUUUAUGGAAAAGGGAAUAAAUUAUGAUCAUUGAUUGGAGGA